UGGAUCCGUUGGCUGUGUUUUUUUCCAAGACAUUGAUUAGUUGUUAUGAUGGCCACUGCCCAUGUUGUCAUUGCUACCUGAGGAACAUCACUUCCUCCUAUCAAUAUCAGAUGGGUUUCAGCUACUAAUUGCGAUCCCGUGACAAUUACCCUUUUCUGAAAACUUUGUUCCUUAACGUCAGUGGGGUGCUGCUGGAUGGGGGCGAGAUGCCGUGAGGCUAGACGAUAUAUAAAUGCAUCUCGUCACGCCCUGUUACUAGACUGGCGCACCUCUCUUCCUUGGACAAAUUUGCCUUGUGCCAUCCGCUAUGGGCGUCGACAAAGCUGGUAAAAAAUCAAGUCGUUUCAAUUUCAUCCGCAAGUCAGCGUCACGAACCACCGAUGACAGCACAAUUCAGGAACUUGAAGCCUCUGUAGACGGCAUCGAGGGUAAUUCGACGCCUGCCCUAGAAGGCGCUCAAGGAGAAGAGGCAAGAGACUUGGAAGACGAACCAAACACGCAAGACGAAACAAACAUGCAAGAUGAAAUAAAUGCGCAAGAUGAAACAAAUACACAAGCAGGAUCACCUCGCCAGGAUCCCGUACCCAUAGUGACAGAACCCCCACAAGACGAAUCACUUCGCCAAGAUUCCUUGUCCAUAGUGGAGACAGAAUCUCCGCAAGAAGAGGCAGAAAUGCAAUCCAUGCCUCCACCUUUAGACACCCUCGGCCAAGAGUUUGCUUACACUGCGGAGGAUGCCGAUAGAGCUGACAGCCCAGUCGAAGACCCUGAGGUCACCCUCAAGAACCUACGGGAGACUUUUCAGAACAUAAUCGACGAUAAAUUAGCGAACAUACCUCUUCGCUUGAUAGACACCCACAGCGGCAUCCUACACACUAGCAAUGACCUCGAGGGAAUUUUCAAAGAGUCGGAGGAGUACCAACGACUCUAUGAGAAUCUUCUGUCCACCUCCGUGUCGAAGCUCCAGCGCAAAGUUGACGAAUUCUUUCAAUAUGCAAUGCUUUCCCACAAGUGGGCAAGUGCGAAGGACGAACCCCAGUAUUGGCAGAUCAAGGGCAACGUCUACGAUAUGGAUGCCCCGCGGGAAAUCUGCAAGCUGCAACAGUUCUGUACUACCUCGAAGAGAGAAGGCUACCGAUGGGCGUGGAGCGAUACGUGUUGUAUCGAUAAGACGAACAACGCCGAGCUUCAGGAAUCCAUCAUCUCUAUGUUUUCUUGGUACAAGGAAUCGGCAAUCACUAUCGUUUACCUUGCAGACGUUUCUGAUAUCUCGCAGUUGAAGGACAGUCAGUGGUUCAAGAGAGGCUGGACGUUGCAGGAGCUCCUCGCACCUCAAUUUAUUCGAUUCUAUAAGCAGGAUUGGCAGCCACUCAUCGAUUCUGGUAAGAAUCAUAAAGUCGAACUUCUCACCAUUCUCCACGACAUCACUCGCAUCGAUAUCGACGUUUUGAAGGUAUUCCAACCCGGCGUUGACAAUGUCAAGAAGCGUUUGAGUUGGGUGGGCACUAGGACAACUAAGAAGAUCGAAGAUAUUGCCUAUUGCCUCAUGGGUAAGCGUCACCGUAGCUGAUGAAUUGUUCUAACGCCCUUGCUAGGUAUUUUCGGCAUCCACAUGCCUGUAAUGUACGGGGAGAAGCAUAACGCCUUCGUGCGGCUUCAGAAGGAGAUCAUGGCACUUACCGACGACCUCUCACUCUUUGACUGGUUGGGAGAGUCAUCGACCCUCCACAGUUACUUUGCUGCCCAUCCGAGGUGCUUUAUGGCCCCGUCCUAUGACGCUCGACAGGACUCUGCUUCAUCGAAAUUCGAAUUCAGGUUGCUCAA